UCUGUCAACAGAGUUAGCGCUGGCAUGAAUAUAUGUUUAUGACACUUUUUUUCUCAAAAUGUUCAAUAGGCCUUAACACUCUGCAGAUUGUUAUUAAAAUGUUAGUUAUUAUGCUAUAAUUUGUGAAAUGACUUUAACAACAGCUGACUAAAGUUCCACUUAGAUAUAGGCAGCUGUCUGGGACAAAUAACUUUUACUAAAGUAUCGGUAGUCUAAAAGAUUUGCACUCGCUCAUUGUCCUCGGUUGGCAACCGCGGUUCGAGAGCUAAAUGUGGAAAAAUAGUAUGGCUGUGGGUGAUGCGUUCGGCAGCGGGGGAGAGAUCGAAAAUGCGGAUGUCUUUGCUAAGAGAAAUGGUCGGAUCGAGAGAGCUACGCGUUGAGUGGAAGGAGAAAGCAAGUGAGAUGGAGGCGGGGGGAAGUUCCCAUCUCUGCGGGGACUGGAGCGCCUGUGCCCUGGACCGGCGGCGCAGUGCUGGCUAACAUUCAACCCAACCCUUGUUCCACAACGAGCUCGACUCACGCUGAGACAGUAAUUUUAAAAGAACACCUCAUCUUGAAUGCCUUGUGUUAGCAAAACACUGACUGCUGUAGGGUAGACCAUUCCGAGGUCGCCAUACCCGAAUCUCCUCUCCUUUACCACGGUCUUCAUGACCCAUCCUCGCCACACGGCUACAAAACCUGGUUUACCCCGUGUUCAACAACAGCUGAAAGAAAAUUCAGGGUGGAUAGAACCGUUUUCACGGUUAAAGAAAGUACAGAUGAAUGGAGAAAUGGACACGUCCACUAAAGACCAAGUGUGGACGCAGGACGACCUUCUGAAUCUGCUAGAGGCCAUGAAAGUCAAUCUUCCCCAAAAGGACCUGGCCAAGUACAAGACGUCGGAGUCCCAUCUGGACUGGGAGAAGGUGGCCUUCAACUCAUUCACAGGAGAGAUGUGCAAACAGAAGUGGAACGAAGUCUCCAAAGUGAUCCGUAAAUUUCGCACAUUAACAGAGCUGAUUUUCGAUGCCCAAGACUUCAUCAAGAACCCGUAUAAGGGCAAGAAGCUGAAGAAGCAUCCAGAUUUCCCUAAGAAGCCCCUGACGCCAUAUUUCCGCUUCUUCAUUGAGAAGAGGGCCAAGUAUGCCAAGCUGCACCCUGAGAUGAGCAACCUAGACCUCACCAAGAUCCUCUCCAUGAAGUACAGAGGGCUGCCUGACAAAAAGAAGAAAAAAUAUCUAGAAGACUUCCAGAAAGACAAAGAAACGUUUGGGCACAGCAUGUCAAAGUUCAGGGAGGACCAUCCCGACCUGAUGGAGAGCAUGGCAAAGAAAGGUUCUAAUGUACCAGAGAAACCAAGGACGCCUCAGCAGCUAUGGUACAGUCACGAGAAGAAGGCCUUCCUCAAAACACACGCAGACGCGACCACCAAAGACAUUAAAGACAGUCUUGGGAAGCAGUGGACACAGCUGUCAGACAAAAAGAGACUCAAGUGGAUUGCCAAGUCCCUGGAGAUGCACAAAGCAUAUGAGGAGGUGAUGAAGGGCUUCAUUGAGACUCACCCAGAGCUCAACAUGAGCAACGAGGACAUCGUCAAGUCCACCCUCACCAAGGCUGAGAGACAUCUGAAGGACAAAUCUGAUGGCAGGCCAGACAAACCACCGGGAAUGGAUUACUCCAUGUUCUGUGCUGAGUUGAUGUCUAGUAUGAAGGACGUGCCCAGUACAGAGCGCAUGGUCAUGUGCAGCCAGGUGAGGCUGCUGAAACAAACGGAGGACGGCUACCAGAAACGCUGCGAGCAGAGAAAGAAAGAAUACGAAGUCGAGAUGAACCGGUUUCUUUGUAGUAUAUCAGAGGAGGAGCAGCAGCGUGUGCUGGGGGAGCAGAAGAUGAUUGGCUUUAAGAAGGGCAGCGGGGGCAGCAAAAAGAAGAGCAGAGCGAAGCCUAGCCCAGAGAAGCCCAAAAGGCCCAUCUCGGCCAUGUUCAUCUUCUCUGAAGAGAAACGUCCCAAGCUGCAGCAAGAGCGACCAGACCUGUCUGACAGUGAGCUCACCAGGCUGCUGGCACGCAUGUGGAACGAGCUCUCAGAUAAGAAGAAGGAGAAGUACAAGCGCCUUGAGACGGUCCUGAAGGCCGAGUCUGUGAAGAAAGGACAAGAGGAGCGCAGCCGGCUGCCAGACACCCCCAAGACUGCACAGGACAUCUGGCAGCAGAGUGUCAUAGGAGACUACCUGGCCAGGUUCAAGAACGACCGGCCAAAAGCCCAGAAAGCCAUGGAAGCCACUUGGAACACCAUGGAGAAGAAGGAGAAGAUCAUGUGGAUUAAGAAGGCAGCUGAGGACCAGAAACGAUACGAGAGGGAGCUGAGUGAGAUGCGCUCUCCUGCAACCAUCAUUGCCUCAGGGAAGAAGAUGAAAUUUGACGGUGAACCCAAGAAACCCCCUUCGAAUGGCUACCAGAAGUUCUCUCAGGAGAUGCUGUCCAACGGAGAGCUGAACCACCUCCCUAUGAAGGAGCGCAUGGGGGAGAUCGGGGGUCGCUGGCAGAGGCAGCCCCAGAAGGAGAAGGACCGCUACAAAAAGAUCGCUGAGGAGAAACAGAAGCUGUACAAAGUAGAGCUGGAGCGGUGGCUGGCGAGCUUGUCCUCACAAGAAAGAAAUGUGUACAAGGAGUACAACUCGCAAAAAAGAAAAACCCCAGUGAAACCAGGAGGCACUGCAGCCAAAGUUAAGGCCAAGGUAAUCAAGAAGUCGGACACAGAGGAUGAUGAUGACGAGGAGGAAGAGAAGGAGGCUGCCUCAUCAGAUAACGAUUCUUCCAGUGCAGAGGACAGUGAGGAGGAAGAUGAUGAUGAUGAUAGUUUUCAGACUUGUAAUGAGGAAGACGACGAUGAUGACGAUGAUGAUGAGGCGGAGGAUAAAGAGAACAAGUCAGAGGGGAGUAGUAGCAGCAGUGACUCGAGCUCAGUGGAGACAUCGGACUCUGAUUCAGACUGA